AUGACCGCACUGCGAGAACAGCACGUUAGUGAUAACAACAAGCAAGCCAGUGACGUAGUUAUCGUUGAUAUAGACACCGAAAUCGAUAAUAUACUCAACCCUGGAUCGAUACGCGAUAACAACGAACAAGUGCCAGUGCUACACGUGCGUGUGGAACAGACACAUGUGAAGAUGAACGGAAACGCAAAUUUAUCAAGUUCAAAACCCAAAGCAGGGAAUGUGGCCGAGACAGUUCAAAGGGCCCGGGAUGCAUUUAACAGAGGUGUCACACGGCCUGUUGAAUGGCGCAGACAGCAACUCAAAGCACUUCUCCGUUGUUACCAAGAAAACAAACAAGCAAUGAUAGAUGCGCUAAGGCAAGAUCUAAGGAGAAGCAAAAUGGAAGCUGUACUUCUUGAAGUCGACUUUCUCAUCAAUGAUGUGCUGAACACAUUGCAUUAUCUGGAUGAGUGGGUGAAGCCUGAAAAGCCACCCAAGGGAAUAGUGAACAUAUUGGAUGAAGUGGUAAUAUACAACGAUCCGUAUGGCGUUGCUCUCGUGAUCGGCGCAUGGAACUACCCGCUACAACUAGUCCUUCUGCCUUUAGCUGGGGCUAUAGCAGCUGGUAAUGCUGUGGUCCUCAAACCCAGUGAGCUGGCGAUUGCCAGUGCCCAGUUUAUUUCGGAAAUGCUGCCGAAAUAUUUGGACAAUGAUGCCAUAGUAGUAGUGGAAGGAGGUCCAGAAGAGACCAGCCAGUUGUUGAAGCAGAAAUUCGAUUACAUUUUCUAUACAGGCAGCACAAACGUCGGCAAAAUUAUAUAUGAAGCGGCAACCAAAAAUUUAACACCCGUCACUCUGGAGUUGGGAGGGAAAAGCCCGGUUUAUAUAGACAACUCGGCUGACAUCGAAACUACAACUAAACGCAUACUGUGGGGCAAAUUUAUCAACGUGGGACAAACUUGUAUAGCACCCGACUACAUUUUGUGCAGUCAAGAGGUGCAAGAGAAGUUCCUUCAGAUUGCAAAGAAAGUUCUAAAGGAGUGGUACGGAGAGGAUCCACAGAAGUCGCCUGAUCUUUGCAGGAUUAUCAACAGUAGGCAUUUCAGUCGACUCCAAGGUUUGCUGGAUGCGAGCAAAGACAAAAUUGCGAUCGGAGGCAAAUCUGAUCCCAAAGACAGAUUCAUUGAACCUACAAUCCUUGCCAAUGUCCUUCCUACGGACAAAAUUAUGGAGGAUGAAAUUUUCGGACCUAUCCUUCCCAUAGUACCCAUUGCAAAUGCAUACGAAGCUAUCAAAUUCAUCAACGAAAGAGAGAAGCCCCUAGUGCUGUAUGCGUUCUCGAAGAACAAGGAGGUGAUCAACAGCAUAGUCGAAAAUACCACCAGCGGGGGAAUGUGCAUUAACGAUACCGUCAUGCAGAUGGGAGUCGAAACUCUGCCCUUCGGAGGGGUGGGUAACAGCGGCCUGGGCGCUUACCACGGUAAAGCCACAUUCGACACGUUUACCCACAAGAAGAGCUGUCUCAUCAAGAACUUUUCGCCCAUCGGAGAGAAACUGGCUUCAGGGCGCUACCCUCCCUACUCUGAGGGUAAGCUAACCUACAUCACCACCCUGAUGAAGCCCAUGCACGGACCCUCGCUGAAGUUCUUACCGUACCUGAUCACCUUCGCGUUAGGGGCGGGCUUGUCCUAUGGCCUGAUGGCCUGGCAAAAGGUAAAGAAAUGA